AUGGGGAAUCAAGUAGAGAAGCUGACCCACUUAAACUACAGAGAGGUUCCCACGACUGACCCAGCCGGCAUGGACAGAGAUGAGGGUCCCAGAAUUGGAGUUUCUUACAUAUUUUCCAAUGAUGAUGACGAUGUAGAGCCUCAGCAGGACCCCGCAGAGCUUGGUGGAGAGCACCCUGCGUCACAGCCCUAUGACCCGCAAGUUCACGAAGUGGAAUGCUCCAUUUAUUACCGCGACGAGUGCAUUUAUCAGAAAAGCUUUUCUGGUGACCACACACCGUCUGGUGAGGUGGGGGAUGGUGGUGGUGGUGGUGGGGGCCAUUUGACCACCUACACACCAGAAAACCUAUUGAACAGGUGCAAACCUGGCGAUCUGAUAGAAUUUGUGGGCCAGGCCCAGUAUCCUCACUGGGUCGUGUACGUGGGGGACUUCCAAGUGGUCCAUCUGCACAGACUCGAAGUGGUGAACGGUUUUCUCACGGACGCCAGCCAGGGCCGACGGGGGCGCCUUGCCAACCAGUUGUACCGCUAUAAGCCGCUAAACCCCGCCAGCGUGGUGCGGAACGCCCUGGAUCAGGUGGGUCGCAAAGACCAGGAUCUCAGCUGGAGGAACUCCGAAUGUUUUGCCGCCUGGUGCCGCUACGGCAAGCGCGAGUUCAAAAUUGGGGGUGAACUGCGCAUAGGGAAGCAGCCUUACCGGUUGCAGAUCCAGCUGGGGGAUAAACGCAGUCACACGCUCGAGUUUCAGAGCCUGGAAGAUCUCAUUAUGGAGAAAAGAAGGAAUGAUCAAAUUGGAAAGGUGGCUGUCAUCCAAGAAUUGUCCAGCCAUCUCCAGGCAGCCGAGGCUGACAAGGAAGAGGGUGCUAACGGCACGCCAGGUGCCCGGACUGCUGCUGAGUAGCACAGUCAGGCUGCUUCACCUUGGUGACGGAUUAAAACUGAAUCCUGCGAAAUUGAGCUGUUCUAAGCCCUUUGGGCUCUUCCAGUGCAGGCCCACUCCAAUCCCAUGUGAAGGAAAGGGGCAAAGCUGAUUAAGCAUCAGUCCUUCGGCACUUAACUCCUUUGGUGCUUGCUUGAAGCCAGCAAGUUUAUACGUUGAGGGUUAAAUCUCAGGAAAGGUCUUCCUCAUUUGCUGUUUAUGCAUAAGUCUUCUCUUCCCAAAUGGCACCCCUGUUCCUCCUGCUUAGCUCCUGGCUUGUUUCAAACUGGACGAGGUCCAGCAUCGGUGAACUACAGGAUUCAGUGUUAUAGCAAGGUCAUUUCUCCCCCCCACC